CCGUCAUACACAAGGGGCUCCUGCUGCCCGCAGCGAGAGUUGGUCGUCAGGCCAUGAACUUGGGAGAUGGGUUAAAGCUCGAGGCUGAAUUACUGGAUGGAAAAACCAAGCUAAUAUUAUCUCCAUAUGAACAUAAAUCAAAAUUUUCUGUGAAGAUGGGAAAUAAGACCAAGAUUGCAAAAUGUCCUUUAAGAACAAAACAAACUGGACACAUUAUAAAAUCACAAAAUACUUGUAUUGGGAGUGGAAAACUUUUCCAAAAGAAGACAAUUGAUUCGGGAACCUCACAGGCAAGAGGUGAAAAAAAUAGAAUGAUACUUUCACCCACUAAGGAUUUAUGUAAGAAGUAUACAGACAAAGACUGUCUUUGUUCCCCCAAAGAGAUUUCAUCUACAACCCCCAAUAUACAGAAGAAUAGAAACACCAUAGAUAUAUCUCUAGUAGACAAACAGAAGUCUCACAAGAAGCACAUCACAGUUGAAAACAUGAACAGUGGUUUGGUGUGUCUAACACAAGACCAACUACAACAGAUUUUGAUGACUGUAAACCAAGGAAAUGGAUCUGUUUCCCUGACUGAGAAUGGAAAGGAGGAAGAAACAAGUCAGGAUAGUCUCCAUUUGAACAAUAUUCCCAGUCAGCCAAAGGACAAGAACAUUAUGGGAUUACUCCAAAAAUAUGAGGCUGUUUCAUCUAUUCCAGAUGAAAAUAAAUCUGUCUUAAAUAAAAAUCAGGAGGCACCUAAACAAUAUGAACAGAAAAUUGCCCUAGAGAAUGAAUGGAAACCAGGAGAUAUAUUCAGUACUCUGGGGGAAAGAGAACGUGAUAGAAGUUUGUUAGAAGCAAAAAAAGCCCAGUGGAAGAAAGAAUUAGAUGAACAGGUUGCUUUAAAGAAGAAAGAAAAAGAAGCUUCUGAAAAGUGGAGUAAUUCUUGGAAAAAAUCUGAAAGUGAUAAAAUAAUGUGGGAAAAACUUCAAAUUUUAGACCACUCUAAGGAAGCAAUGCUGCUGGAGCAUCCUUUUGGUGUUGUGAAACAAGAACAGAGAAAAUGGAUUGAAGAGUUGAAUAAACAAGUAGAAGAUGACCAGCAAAGGAAAACAGAGGAAAAAAUUAUAUUUUCAAAGGGUGAGGAACAUGACAGAUGGGCAAUGCAUUUUGAUUCACUAAAGAGUCAUCCUGGUUCUCGGUCUCAGCUCUCCUCUCGGUCAACACAGAAACAACCAGAGUACUUCUGUGUCUCUCCUGAUACUCAGGAGCUGGCUGAUGUCAGUAGUGUUUAUACACCUACAACUGGAAGCCAGUUCGAAACUUCAGAAGAGGAGCACAUAGCAAAACCUCUUAGGGAUGUGGCUGAGGCAAAUAAUCAGAAAACGAACUUCCUUCGUUCUAUGACUGCUCUCUUGGACCCAGCACAGAUUGAGGAACGGGACAGACGGCGACAAAAACAGUUAGAACAUCAGAAAGCAAUCACUGCUCAGGUAGAAGAGAAGCGCAGGAAGAAGCAGCUGGAAGAAGAGCAAAGAAAGAAGGAAGAACAAGAAGAAGAGCGUCGCUUAGCACGGGAACGAGAAGAGAUGCAGAAACAGUAUGAAGAAGACAUACUUAAGCAAAAAAAAAAAGAAGAAAUCAUGACUCUCAAGACGAAUGAGCUAUUCCAAACAAUGCAGAGAGCACAGGAAUUGGCACACAGACUAAAACAAGAACAGAGAAUCCGAGAAUUGGCUCAAAAGGGACAUGACACUUCUAGAUUGAUGAAAAAUCUUGGUGUUGAUACAAUACAAAUGGACUAUAAUGCAUCCAUUAACAUUUCAAAUUCAAGACAUGACUCUGAGGAAGCCAGUGGUAAAAUGAACUCAUGUAUCAAUUCUACGACUUCUCCUAGGAAGGAUACUGGUGUGCAGACAGAUGACUUAACUACAGGCAUAUUUGCCAAUGCAGAGUCAUACUGUGAAUAUGUAAAGGAAAGAGAAAUCACAAAUUGUUCAUCUCCUGAGAUUUCUGUAGAACUUAAUGGACAAUUUAAGACAGACAAGCAAGAAUUAAGUAAGAAAAAUGCCAACUUAGAAAAAGAAAACAGUUUAUGCAAUGAAUUUAUAAAACCAGAGAAACAAACAAAACACAUGAAGAGGUGUCCUAGAAGGCCUGAAUGGAAUUUAAAUAAGCCUCUCAAAAGGUAUGUUCCAGCAUCAGAAAAGUAUCCCAUACAGCUUCAAAGGCAGAGAGAAGAAAAAAAGGUAAGGAGGCAGAUGGAACUGCUUCAUUUGGUAGAGAGAAAUAAUCCUGAACACCUCUCUCAAAAUAGAGGCACUUCAUCAGAAGUUCAUUCAUCUCAACAAGAAACUGAAUCACAGAGCAGGUGGCAUCUAGUCAAAAAGGAAGAAGAAUCUCUGAAAAUUCAUUCAUUGAACAAGGAAAGGUUUCAGUCAUCACCAAUUCCAGCAGUGAAAAACAGAACUCAACAAACUCAGACUAAUAAUACAUCACACUUACCACUAAAAUAUAGUAGCUGUGAAACAGAGAAUCUGAUCUCAAGAGGUGGUCAAACAGGAUUGUCAGCUGGGAUGUCUGAAUCAUCCCAUUUUAUUCCUUAUGUUCGAACAAAUGAGAUCUAUUACCUUGAUCCUGAUGCACCAUUGUCUAGGCCUUCAACCCAGGAACCUCAAUACCAAAAUUCUCAGGAUUGUGACCAAGUCUCUGACCACCACAUUAGGGAUCCACUCCUUAAUCCUAACUUGUUGAAAAAUAGGGAUCGACAGCAAGCAAUCCUUAAAGGACUUUCAGAACUGAGACAGGGCCUUCUCCAGAAGCAAAAGGAGUUGGAAACUAAUCUCAUGCCUUUAGCUGCAAAUCAAGAAGAGAAUUUUAGUUCUUCAUUUUAAACAAAUGAUAAAAUGUGCUCACUGUAUUUUUCAAGUACCCUAUGCUUGUACAUUAUGUAGUAAAUGCUGUAUUUUUUUUUUUUUUUUUUUUUUAAUAAAAGCAGACACUUUUGUAAAACCUCACUGCUAUAAAACUUACCUUAGUAGUCUGGA